AUGUCGAACAACGCAGUUGGCGCGGUCUAUUCACAAAUCAUCGAUGAGGUGAUUAACUCCUCGCGAGUCGAUUUCGAGGAAGGUGGUGUUGAUGAGAGCGUCCUGGAAGAAUUGAAGAAGGGCUGGCAGGAGAAGCUGACUCAACUCGAGGUGGCUGGCUUCCCAUGGGAUCCCGCCAAGGAAGCUCCAGCUCCCGCUGCACAACCUCCGACGACGGCCCCUCCACCGCCUGCGGCUCCAUACUCCCAGGCCCAGCUCAGCCCCCAGCUUCCGGUGCCCGGUCUCCCGAUACCUGGCGGAGCCCCGGCGCAACAGGCCAGUAAUAUGGCUGUCAAGGAGGAGCCUUACAUCAAGCCGGAGCCUGGCAUGCAGAACGUGCCGAUGCCCCCAGCUCAACAAGAUAGUGCUGGGCUCGCAGCUUACAGAGCCGCUCAACACGUGCGCGGUCAAUUCGGCGAGAAAGGCGCCGCCUCCAUGAAUGCCAUUCAAGCUUCAGCGACGAACAGGCCCGCCAGCCAACCGCCUUUGCCCCAGAUGCCCGGUCAGCCUCAGCAGCAGCAGCAGCAACAGUACCGACCUGGAGUUCCUCAGCAGGGCCAGCAACAGCAGCGCCCCCCUAGCAACGGUCAGCCAGGUGUGAAUCCUUCGCAGACCGAUGGUGCUGGUGACGACUUCGACUUUGAAGGCGUUCUGCUCCAACGCAAUGCUGAUGGGUCUCAACGCGAGCUUGGACGUGUCGAUAUUGACCGCAUGAUUCAUGCGCGGAUUGCUGCCAACGCCAAGAGCAUGGAGGGCGGCGGCUUGAUGCUGCCUCUGAAGGAGGCUACGAGGCAUACGUCGGCUGCCACCGCGCGCUCCAAGGGCAAGGAGCAUGGAAUUGCUUCUUACGAUGGUUACGAUGAUGACGAAGUUGACGAAGACGCGAUCAAUUCAGAUCUUGACGACCCUGAUGAAGAUAAGGAUGACGAUGAAGUCGACGAUGAGGGUCUCGGGCAUAUUAUGCUUUGCAUGUACGACAAGGUCCAGCGCGUCAAGAACAAGUGGAAGUGCGUCCUCAAAGAUGGCGUUCUUACUGUCAACGGCAAGGAGUAUGUCUUCCACAAGGCCACUGGCGAAUACGAGUGGUAA